UGACACCUGUGCAUUAUGGCCUAAUGUAGUUGCCUCCUCCGUGGCAGCAGGGGGCGCUAACGCACCUGAGCCCAGUUCUUCUCGCUGAAUGCAGGAGGUGUACACUGCUAGCUGUCAAGCUGGCAGGUGUUUUCAAUAACAAUGGAUCAGAAAAUUCCCUAUGAUGACUACCAGCUGCCCGUGGUGUUCCUGCCUUCUUACGAGAACCCACCAGCGUGGAUACCUCCUCAAGAGCGAGUUCACCACCCCGACUACAACAACGAGCUCACCCAGUUCCUGCCUCGCACCGUAGUGUUGAAGAAACCUCCAGGAGCACAGCUGGGCUUCAACAUCCGAGGGGGCAAGGCGUCACAGUUAGGAAUCUUUAUAUCUAAGGUGGUUCCAGACUCUGACGCUCACAGAGCGGGUCUACAGGAGGGAGAUCAGGUUCUUUCUGUCAAUGAGGUUGAUUUUCAAGACAUCGAGCACUCAAGAGCCGUAGAGAUUCUGAAAACGGCCAGAGAAAUCCUGAUGAGGGUUCGCUUCUUUCCUUACAACUAUCAAAGGCAGAAGGAGAGGACUGUACACUAGAUGGCAGCAGAGGAAGAGAGAGAGAGAGAGAGAGAUGAGAGGUGGACACUUCACAUCACAUCAGUGCGUUCCUCCCACGCACUCUGGCCUCUAUUCUGUCUCAGCUUCAAGAUGACUGAUAAACGAAUAACACUUUCAGUCCUCUAUGUAAGGAAAAAAAUAUUAUCUGUUAAAGGCUUGUUUUCGAAGGGAGUGGUUUACUUCACACAUGAUGAUUUCUACUCCAUCAAGACGUAGAGACAGGAAGUCUUUUAUAUAUUUUUUAUGGAUCAGAAAAUGUUUAAUCUGAACCACUGACGUUUUAAAUAAUGAAUUAUAGAACUAAUAAAUGUUAGCAUUAAUAAAAGCUGCAUUCCCGAACGUUACAGUCCCGUGGAUUUGGAGACACCUGUAGUUACCGGUGGUGACAGAAAAAUGUGGUUGAGUGCCACAGAUUUCAGGGGGAAAAUCAAAAACAAGCCGUCGCAUUGUAAUUGGCUGUUUCCCAUCAGUCUGUGAGCGACUGGGAUUUACAUUCACGUGGGAUGAGACUGUGAAGAGCAGAGCGAACUGGUUACUCCUCCCUGGAUGUCAGGAGGUGUGGAGCCUGUCGCCUGCAGCUCGCAGCUCUUCGUCAACAACCCGCCACCGCUGCUCCUGGUUCCAUCCCUCCCUGAAACACGUUCGUAGAUGUAUCACUGGCGGACAACAGCGACAAGCGCUGGUCUCACUGUUGCAUUCUCAGUUGUGUUUAAUGUUCUUAAAGGGAAGCUGCAGCAGUAGGAAUUCAGAUUUCACUAGCAACAACUUUGAAACCUGUAUGGUGACAAUUUUAAGAUUUUACAUCCAGGUAUCUGUUUGUAGAUGCUACAUUAGUUGUAACCUAAAACUCUCAUUCUUCGAGGAAUGUUGCCACAGACACCCACUUUAAAAUGAUAUAAAAUAUCUAAAUAUUGCUGCAUUUAUAUCAGAGGACCAUAAGCUCAGUUAUUUUGUUCCCCCAUUCAGUUAUGCAGCAGACGUUAAUUUAAAUGAAAAUGUUCAAGAGCUAGCUUUAAGAGUAGCAUUUUAGCACCGACAUAAAAAAUAAAAAUAAAAUAAAAUAGAGACUGUAUAUUUUACUACACAUUUGGUACACAGUGAGUAGAGGCUGUCAGAGGAAAUGAUUUCUGGUCUUUUUUAAAAUAUCACUGACUAUUUGUACAUGUUUAACUCAUAUUUAGUAACGUCUUAUAUAUAUUAAAUAAUAAGUUAAUAUAAAUGUGCAUUUCAAUGAGGACUACUUACUGUAGAAUUUUCAUUUUUAUGUUUUUCAUGACAAGUUUUAUCUCCUGUUCCAUUGCCAAACAGCUGACAACAAGGAGUUGUGACAUGCCAUUAAAAAGGUUAAAAUGCAUCUUGGCAUCGCGGUAAAGCCUGUAAUGGGUGUUUGUCUGAGGCUCUGGGGUUUUCAUUUUAAUAAUUUGUCAAUAUUCUGUUUCACACUAAUAGCUUUCACAAAUGUCUGAUUUAUUAUUAUUAUUAUUUUUGCAUAAUCUGUCAUCAUUUUUUUCUAUAAUGUAAGCUGAUGAUACAAGAUGCCCAAAAAUAAAAGGUUUUGAACCCUG